AUGGCGCCGACACCAGAUGAGCUGUCGGCCCCCGGCUCUGCCAGCUAUGCCUCCGACACGAUGAACGUGGGAGAUGGUACCUGGGUCUUUGACAAGAAUACCUUCUUGCUUCCUAAUUUGCAGGGUGUCAACUUCGACACCAUGCGCUACAAUGGUAUGGGCAAUCGCUUCUCAACCUUUGUCGGCUACCACAGUAUCAUUUUGGCGCAUGCAGUCAUGGCUGCACUGGUAUUCCUACUCAUUGUGCCCUUCUCCGUCAUGACGAUCCGCUUCUACGACAGAAACCCCGGCCGCGCCGUUGUCUACCACGGCCAGCUACAAGUUUUGGCCAGUCUUAUGCUACUAGUAAUUUUCAUCCUAGGUUUCUUCGCGGUUGGCCCCAGCAGAAACCUCUCAAACCCACACCACGGUAUUGGAGUCGCCAUUUUCGUGCUCUUCAUUCUCCAACUCGUCGGCGGCCGUCUGGUGCGAAACAUUUCAAAGUCACGCUCUUUACGCAUAAUGAUCCAUCAAUGGUCCGGGCGCGCCAUUGGCCUUUUGGGUAUUGUUCAAGUUCCGUUGGGCUUGACUCUCUAUGGCUCGCCCAAGUAUCUCUUUAUUCUCUAUGCGCUCUGGAUGGCAUUUCUGUUUCUGCUAUACUUCAUCCUCAGCUAUCGUCGUGCUGGUCACCGUGACUACUACAUGGGAGGCGGAGCCAGAUCCGAUGGCGGAAGAACUCGCCUGACCGAAUCUGAGUACCACUCUGAGCACAAGCCGAACGACAACAGCAAACUCAAAUGGCUAGGCCCUCUCGCUGCAGGUGCUGGCCUGUGGGCAUUACUGCGCAAUCGAAACAAGAAGCAGGACCGUGAGCGGAGUCGAUCGCCAUCCUCUUAUAGGACUCGUACCGAUGCGUAUUCCUCGUUUUACUCGCAUGGCCAGUCCGAGAGAUUUUAUGACGACAAGGACUCGGAACCACCUCAGCGAAAAAGCAGUGGCGGGGGAUUCUUGAAGGUGUUGGGUGGCGUCGCAGCGGCCGUCGGAGCAGGAGGUCUGGCGGCCAAUCUCAUGAAGAAGAGAAACAACAGAGACGAGGAAUACUCCGCAGUAUCCACAGAAACCCCUCGUCGUCACCGUAGUGGACGCGGUGCACGAAGCGACUAUAGCAGCGAGUACACCGACUAUACUCCCACGCAGACGUCUCUGCUACCGCCGUCAGCAAAGCCAGCCAACACGUACACCACAAGAACAGGCACCACAAGAACAGACGAUACAGGAAGACCUACAACGCCAUAUUCAUCCGUCCCGCCGCGUCGCGACUAUGAUGAUUCAGAAUAUUCUUCUUAUGUCAGCCCUUCCCACAGAAGACAACCGGAAAACUCUGGAGGUGGAGGCCUAGGCAAGGGGAUCCUUGGCGGACUCGGUAUGGGGUGGAUUGCCAAGAAACUUGCGGAUAGGCGUAACAAGAAGCAAGAGGACCGCUUACGCGAAGAGGAAGAUAUGCGCGCUGGAACCAGUGUCUCUCGCUUCACCGGUGACGGCUAUCCUUCUCCUUCGCGACGGGAUUCGAGGCGACCCCCUCCUAUUCGUCGUCAAACAGGGUAUGGCCCGCCUCAAGGCACAGAAACUGCGUUCAGUGAGAUGACUGAAUCAUCUAUUGAUCAUCCACCCCGAGUUGGUGCGCGAUCUGGUAGUAUUCAACCAGUACCUAUGCCGUCUCAGCCACCUAGAUCUGGCGGCCGCCAUGACUCAGAACUGGCUUCGAUGCCGCCCAUGCCAGCAGAUCCUCAUGGGAUAUUACAUUCGGGGCCCGAAACUUCAUAUGUGUCUGGGGAUGCAUCACCGCCACAGCGAAGACCUUCAGAACGUCGCCGAAGAGCCGGAGAGCGAGCAGCCGCUGCUGCAGCCGCUCGUGCUGGUAGUCUGGCUGCGAAUGAAGGGAGAGGCCAUCGUGGCGACAGAGACUUGGAUAGGGAUCGCUAUGCGUCUCCAAGUAGUCAACCAGUCAGCGUCAAAGUCAAGGUCCAUGAUGACCGUGAUCGAAAUGUGACACUGAGGCGAUUGACAGAGGAAGAGGCCAUGGCCACUCGAGGCCGUCGCGAUUCUGAAAGCAGCAUCUCCGAAAUCGAGUCUCCCAGUAACGGACGUGGGUAUCGCCGAGCCGCCGCAAACUCACGCGCGGCAGCGGAGCGAGAAGCAGAGCGCCGAGUCGAAGAGCAAGACAAACUGGCGCCUUUAUCGCCGCCCAGACCUGCUUUUGCAAAGGGUCGACGUGGUGGCAAGGACUCUGCCUAUUAUUCUGGCGGGGCAGCUGGGCCAGGGGGAUCAACAGCCGCACACGGCCAAACAGUGUCGAGUCUGGGCUCGCAAGGUACACAUGGUACCUGGAGCGGUAUGAGCGGCGUGCCGUCUCCCGGAGACGGUGGCGGCGAUGGCGCGAGCGAAUCCGCAGCCGCAGACAAUAGGCGACGCCGGCGAAUGGAGCGGAGAAGAGGUAGUAGUGCCGCGAGGCCGCCUGCGGGAGCAGACAUGUUUAACUAG